AUUCGUAAUACUAUUGUGACUCAAAAACACUUUUAAUGUCUAAUUUACUAAUUUGCAAGUAUUCUGAAAAAUAGCAAUAAUGAAAUCAGAUUCCUUAAAAUAUUUUUCUCCUUUAAUUAGUCCAAGUUAGAACCAAUUACUACAUUCUUAAAAAGGGAAAUGUUUAAAGAAAAUGAUCUUAAUAUUUGAAAUAAUUAGCUUUAUACAGUUUUCAUAGGACUGUGCAGUCCCCUGAAAAACUGUACUACAUUUGGCAGCAUUAAUUAAAUAACAUCAUUCUUUUCUUUUUCAGCCAUUCUAUUGUAGAUUUGCUGGUGUGCCCAGUUUAGGUUGAACACAUUUGGCUGUAGAAUAUUUUGGUAUACAGAAGGGUACUCUGUGGCUGCAAAGCAAGCCCAAAACAUCACACCUCCAGCACUAUGCUUGACAGUUGGUAGGAGGUAGUUGUGCUGAUAUGCUGUGAAUUAUGGCCAAACAUCUACUUUAAACUCAUCUGUCCAAAGGACAUUGUUCCACAAGUCUUGCAGUCUGUUCCGAUCCAUCUUUGCAAACCUAAGUUGUUGCUUUUUGCCUUUCUUCUGGCAACCCUUCCAAAAAAAUUCAUAGUUGUUCAGUCUUUUUUUUUUUUUUUUUUUUUUAAUUGUACUAUCAUGUCAUUUAACAUUCUAACCGAGGCCCUGGGGUUUUUAUUGUCCUGGAUUUCUUGGUCUGACCAUGGGUUAAAUUUGCUGGCACAUCCGCUCGUGGGAAGACUGGCAGCUGUCCUGAAUGUUUUGCACUUGUGAAUAAUCUUAGUGCAGAACAAUGGACUUAAAAUUGUAUGGCGAUGGCCUUAUAACCCUGAUGGGCAGAAACAUUGGCUUCUCUAAGACCAUUGUUGAUGUCUCUACUCAGCAUUAUGCUAACACAUCUGAACAGUGUUUAUGUAUUACACUUGCUGUUGAUCAGUUAAGCACAUUUGAUUAGCGGCACCUGGCUGCUACUUAACCACUUCAUGAAAGCAGCGUACUUUUUACAGACCUGUACCUGCAGGAGUUCAGAUGCAAUAACAUUUAUUAUAAUAUUAAUGUACAUUAUGAAGGAGCUUUAAAAAAUAAAAUAGAACCAAAAUUAUUAACUGAAGCAUUUGCUUCAUACAGUUACCCUUGUUCUAAAACCAGUUUUUCUAACCAGGAACAAUAAAAUAUAUAGAAGCUACAUUUCUUAAUCAUAUCUCAGUUUUAUAUUUUCCCACUUUGACCAUUUGUGUAGCUUUUACAUGGUCGUCUAAAAUGAACAAUGUUAAUUAUCACAACUAUUCAGCAUUUUACUGUUCCAUAUUGGCAGAUACACAUUUAUUUUGAACCUGUUUAACAUCCUGCAUUCAGACCGUGUCAUUCUCUCCAGAUAACCCCUGGAUACAUUUUGCAAGUAGAGUUUAAGGAUCUUUAAGAAAACAGACAUCAAAGGAUGGAGUUGCAUCGUGUAAAAACUUUGAUAGUGAGCUGUAUUGGAGAUGCUAUAUUAACAUAUUGAAAUACCACCAACUCAAACGCCAUUUUCAGCAUGAUUAAGAGAUUAUUUACCGUAAGACCUAUGCAUGGAUGAAAUGGGUCACACUCGAUGUAGUGUAUUAACCCCUGAUGUGACUGAGCCCAGGCAGCAGGCUCCUCCCCCUCGGUCUUCCUCCCAACUAAUGAAGGCGGCACUGAGGCGGGACGCUCACUAUCGGAUGUUCUGGCAACAGGUUGUACUGGUAGCAGGGGAUAGUUACCCCUAUGUUAUCGGUUCACUGAGUAGCACCUUCUCAUCCCACCAGCGUUGUUCAGCGCUGCUGCUGCUGCUUCUUGAAGGACUGUCAAAUGCAAGAUCCGUAAGUGAGGAGGAUCAUUCAGCAUAAGGCUCAUUUUUACAGACACACCCUCUGGAAAAAAGUAGGCCUCGACCUGUACAAAGAGGUGCUGAGUGCCCCAGUGGCAUAUUUGGCAUGGCACGAAUACAAUACAGUUCUUGCUGAGAAGGAAUUCAACUUGUAGAGCAGCAAGAGAAGAUGAUAGUUUCAUCAAGAUAUACGCGCAAUGUGAUAUUUUUGCCCAGUCAUAAUGACUCCACCUGGGAAGAAGCAGGCAGUGUACACAUCAACAAGAAAACAGACAAUGAGAAUUUAAUCUUCUGGCUGCUUGCACCAAAAACCAGGAAGUGAGCAUGAGUAGCCUGUCUGCUGACAGGAAGAUGCCGGUGGAUCAUGGCGUUCAGAUACGCUUCAUCAAAGACCUCCAUGACACAGGCGGCGUUUAUCCUGAUAAAUCCAGGGGAAACAACAGUGCGGCGACUCCUUCCAACAAAUAUGGUGUGGCAGUGAGGGUUCAGGGUAUCUCUGGGCAGCCUUACGUGGUCCUGAAGGAUGGAGAGAAAGGCGACUCAUACGGAGUUCAGUUAAAAACCCCCACCUCCAGCUCGGGGACACCGUCACCGUACAACAGCCUUCCAAAAAUUAAUAAAGUUCCGAAAGAAUUCUUAAAUCCCUACACACCUGCUGAUAACUCAUCACAGUCCCCUGUUUCCCCAGCAGAGGAGGAGGAUGGGGAAAUUUUUGGGAGCCCUCUCAAAAGACCUCCAGGGGAUGGUCAAGCAGGGACACAGGGCGAGGAGGAGAAUGGGAUGGGCAGAGAAAAACAGGUAGAGAAGCCGAAAGCUGAAUAUCUACUCAAAGCGACACCUAGUGAAACAGAGAAAAACACAGACUGGACAAGUAAAGGAACAUAUAACGAAGCAGGACUUAAACCUGUCAAAUUUAACCCCGUGGGACCCAGAGGGGUAAACCAAACUGGCUCUGGUUUCACCGGCUCUUUGGGGAGGUACAGUGAUAAGAAACCAAAUCCAAAUUCUUUGUCACAGUCAUUCCCCGAACCUCCAGCAUCAACUGACGAGGAGCCUGUCCCUGUAAUCGACACCAACUCCCUGGCUCCCAUCAACAAGCUCAUCAGUAAGUUCAACAGUGGAACACCGGGUAGCGCCCAACAGACCAGAGGGCGCUCUGGAGCGAGGCAGCGGCUCGGAUUUGAAGAGCGAAAAAGGUCCACAAGUCUUGACGCUCGAAAAGUUGUUGAGCCAGAAGUUUCCCUCCCCUCUCCAACACCGAAUCCCUACACUUCACCCCAGUUUACCUCCUCCAGCAUUGAGAUCAAGAUCCAGGCUACUCCAGCAAGUAGCAGCCUCGGAAAGAGCCCUCGAUCUGUUGCCAAGGUGACCGCUUUCGAGGCUCCCAAGUCAAAUUUCAAGAUACCAGAGAAGUUUAAUGCCAAGAGCACGCCUCCAACUAUAGCAAAAAAGCCUGAGACACUUCCUAGAAGUCAAAGUGCAGAGAUCAUGGGUGGGGGAGAUACUCCAAUCAAGCAAACUAGCUUCAACAUCCUGAAAAACAGCAUCGGUGACAGUGAAGGAUUCCUUAAACCAAAAGUCAGCCCCAUUGCUGAAACAACCGGCAGCUUAAAGAAGGAAGGAUCUGAUGGAAGCCUCAAAACAGGAAAUCUUGAGGAACUUCAGGAGCAAAUCAAACGCCUCAAAAAAGAACUGCAGCAAGCCCAGGAAGAACUGGCCGAGGAGCGUAUCGCCAGAGAAAUCGCAGAAUCACGUCUGCACAUGCUGGAAGAUCAGCUAGCUGAGCUUCAGGAAGAACUGAGGAGGGUUUCCGAAAACUCAUCUCAUUCAGACUCGAUGCAGACGGAUGUGGCCGCUCUGCAGGCCCAGCUGGCUGAGGCCACCAUGCUGCGCCAGCGUCUAGAAGAUACGCUACGCCAGCGAGAGCGGGAGUUGACAGCCCUGAAGGGGGCACUAAAGGAGGAGGUGGAGUGCCACGACAAAGAGAUGGAGAGUCUGAGGGAGCAGUACAGCCAGGAUAUGGAGGACCUGAGAAAAACCAUGGAGCAGUUCACACAGUCUCAGGAGCAGAUCGAAGAGGAGAGGGAGAGGGUGAACGCCUCCGUGUUGACACUAGAGCAAGAGCUGGAGAGCUGGAGAGAUCAGGGAGAGCAGUGGAAGACGGAGCUGGAGGCCACCACGCAGGAGCUGCAAACGACCAAAGAGGAGAACGAGGCGAACCCCAGCAGCCAAACCUUGCAAAAAUCUCAUUUGGAAAAGGAAGACUUGGAGGGUGAGCUAAAGGAUCUUCAGGAUUCAUUGCUUGCCAAGAAGAAACAAACGUCUGCGUCUGAUGAUAACCGUUCUUUAGCAGAGGAGCUUCGGUGUUGCCAUAACGACCUGAAGAGGGCUCGCACCGAUCUGGACAAACAAAGAGGUCAGCUGGACGAGAAAAUCGAGGCACUUCAAGCUCUGAAGAAGGCGAGCGGAGAGAAAGAGGCCGCGCUUCAGUCCGAGAUCAGCAAGUUGAAGGAGCAAUUUCAGAAAGACAAGACUGAGCUGGAAAAGGCACUCGAGAAGGCAAAGGAGUCGUCAGCUGGUGCAGGAAGUACUGUGGUGGACCACGGCAACAACAACCUGGAGCUCCAAGAGACAAACAGUCGCCUGAGGGAAAGGCUGGCCCGCAUGACAAAGCUUCACUCCAGCAUCCCUCGGAGCCCGGAGGACGAGGAUGCCGUGGAAGCCCUGGAGGAUGAGAACCGCUCCCUGAAGUCUCAGCUGGAGGAGGCCAAGAGAGGAGCCGCCCGCCUGAGCAAGGAGAGGGACGAGCUGGUCCGACGGUUGGAGGACCGAGACAUGGAGAGGGAGGCGCUGAGGAGGGGCAAAAGCGAACUGGAGGAGCAGAAGAGGCAGCUGGAUCGGGCGGUUGAAAAGCUUAACAAAGAGGUGGAGCUGAUGAUGGGAGAUUCUCGUCACUCUGUAACCAACCUGCAGAUACAGUUUGAUGAAUACAGGGAACGCUCGAGGAAGGACCUGCUGGAGGCGCAGCGCAGCAGUAAGGACAGGCUGGCCGAGCUGCAGAGGGCUCAGACCAACCUGAAGACCCAGCAAGAAGAGGUUUCUCGUCUGAAGAAGGAGCUGCUGACGUGCAGUGAGGAGAGAGACAGCGCUCAGCUGGAGAGAGACCUGCUCAACAACCGCCUCAAACACUUGGAGAGCGAGUUCGAAGCAGAAAAGAGCACGCACACUGACCGUGCCCGGGAGGUCAGAGGUCUGGAGGAUAAAAUUAAAACCCUGGAGAUCGAGCUGGAUGAGGAGAAGAGUAAUGUGGAGCUUUUGAACGAUCGCAUUAGCAGAAGCCGAGAUCAGGUUGACCAGCUUCGUUCAGAGCUCAUGCAGGAGCGUUCAGCCAGACAUGACCUGGAAAUGGACAAGAGUGCACUGGAGAGACAGAUGAAGGAACUAAAGUCUCGUGUGGCAGACAUGGAGGGACAGCCUCGACCCUUGGCUGGAAUCACACUUCUAGAAACCAAAAUUCAAGAGUUAGAGGAGAAACUACACAGUGAAGAAAGAGAGAAGGCCACUAUCCAAGCUUCUCAGAGGCGGACGGAGAGAAAGCUGAAGGAGCUAAACGUCACAUUAGACCAGGAGAGGAGCCAGCACGUUGAGCAGAGAGAUCAGUUGACGCUGCGCGUGAAAGCCUUGAAGCGUCAAGUCGACGAGAGCGAGUUAGAGGUGGAGCGCUUGGAGGGAGUCCGCCGUAAAGUUCUCAGGGACUUGGAAGAGCAGCGGGAGCUGCAGGAAGCACUGCAGGCCAAAGUGACAACGCUGGAGAGUGAAUUAAAGCGGAAGUCGCAGCAGGCACAUCGCUCGACUCUGUCCUCCUCUGCUUUAAGCUCUGAGGACGAGGACGGUUUCUAUGACAGCAAAAUCUCCUCUGAAUGAGAGUCCUGAACAAGAGCGACCCACACACCUCUAACUGCUAAAUGACAGUGACUACUAGCAUGACAAGACCACAAAACUUUUUUACUCUUGAGCAUAAACACAUUUUCUUGUAUGAGGUUCGACUUGUCCCAAAGUUAUGUUUCCCUUGUGUCUUUUCAACUUCAAGCUUUAAACCUGCUGUGUUGCUGAGCUUUCCAACACUGUGCAGAAAGAUUAUCUGAAAAUUUCAUGUCGCCAGCACAUUCUCAAAAUGUCAACAAACCACUGAAGCUGUGUCUGAAACCAAAUCCAGAACACAGCUUGUGUAACUGGAGUUUUGCCAUCAGCGGGUCAUUUGUCGGCUGUCAAACGACAGCGAGAUGACAGCAACGCAAAAGGACGGCAUAACAAAACAAAAGGGAGCACGACAAGUCAGAACAGCAUCAAACAACAGCAUCAAACCGCAAGAUGUUUGAAUUGAAACGGCGUGACGUGGCCAUAAUUUUGGCACAUAACGAGCCUCGUAUGUGCACAGAAAUGUAUUCAAGUCCUCAGUUUUGUGAAGUCAUUUGCGCCUCUCAGUUGGUUUUAUUUUCAGUUCGGCGGUCCAGUCCAGAGGCGGGCGGCCGUGAUCAUUACACUGCAUUUUUGAGCCUUCCGAUGUGAUUACGAUCACGCCAGUGCUGCCACGUUUUAUCAUUCGCGAUCUUUCGUUUCUCUUUUACAUCGAGAAGAAUUUACAGCUGCUGCAGAUUUCUACUUACUGUGCUUCAGCUUGUGUUCUCAAGAAACUUCUUUACUGUGUUUCUACAAUAAUUACUGUUUAUUACAGCGCUAGUAUCUGACAUUGUGGUACUGUUUAUGUUCCCAUCGUACGGUAGAUGUGUAGUUUCAUAUCACAAACCAAGAAACAAAAAGGCUUUGUUUGCUUCUGCAUGUUAAGUUACUUCUUGUCAGUGUUUGAAGCUCUUAGUGUUUCUUUGUGUAUCCAAAGUGAUGUAAUGUUUCGUUUUUUGUUUUACUUUGAAUGUGACUAUUACAGGCAACUUAAUCUGAGCCUUCAUUUUUACACUGGAUAGCCGAGCAUACCUGAAGACAAUCAAGUACACAUACAGCACUUUGUAGCUUCAAAGAUUAAACUUUUCCCCGUGAUGCUUUUCUACUCCACCCAUCGUAUUUCUCAUGCGGUUUCAUGUGCAUGUCUUCACUCAGAUGCCUUAAAAACGAGACCCAUAUUUUUAUUUUAAUUGCCGCAUGUGUUCUGUUUAUAAGCUGCUGCUGUAAUGAUUUAAAUAGUGUUUUAUAUAUGCUUGCCUUUGCUUGUGUCUUCCUCUAUUCGUUCCCUGUUGGAAGAGAAGCAGAUUUCUUUUUUUUGCACCAGGUUGUUCUAAAUGUUGCUUUUAGUCUCCUAAAAAUAUUUUAUUGGUGUUGUUUAUAACACGUUAAACAUGUUACCUUUGUGACACAUUUGUUUCUACUGGGGUAAUUCAGUAACAAUGGUGUUAAAGUUGAGAUGAGUUUAUUAAGCUGACAUAUGGCACAAAACUUUGUAAGGUUCCCAACCUUUUGUGUACAAUAAAAUAAAGAAUAUGAACCUUGCUGCUUUUAUUUCAUAAUCUAAAUCUUCUACACUCUACCUAUUGCAUAUUUUUACUGCAAUGAUUUCAAAAGCCUGUAAACUCUGCAGGUAAAAUGUUAAAAGAAAAGAUACCGGAGGCAUUUUAAACAUUUAUUACAGACAUUAAUUAGAAAGAUGCAGAAAAUACGUCGGAGAAACAUGCUAGAAAGAUUUGUAUUCAAAUUGUAAUUUGGGACAAUGUGUUUGAGAGUUAAAAGAUAUGGCAUAGCCUUUUUAAGUGGUAAAACAAUAAUUAGGUGCUCAUAGACUUCCUGCUAUCAUUCCCCUUAGUCCUUUGGUUCUGCAUAAGCUCUGAUGAAGAGAAAAUACAGACUUGAUCUUGUUUUUUCUAAAAUAGUAUCAGGUGGACAUCAUCCAGAAAUACUCUGUGUAGUAUAAACUAUUCUUUGUGAUACCAUCACCAAGGAACAAGGAAAUAUGAAAAUAUGGCACUAAAACAAAACUGCCAGAAGAUAUUUUGAGUGAACAGAAUCAGGCUGCUGGAGCCUGAUAAUAUUCUAGGAUUUACAAAAACAACAAAAAACGAGUGAAACAUCAUAAAUGGAGAUCCAGCAUAUAAGGCAAAUACAAGAAAGCUGCCUAAUAGAGUUCCAGCUGUGUUGAAGAAUAACGGUGGCCAUACCAAUGAUUGAC